CUCCACACCGUCGCUGUCGCAUGGCCCGGGCUUCCCACGCGGCCUCGCUCCCCAUCGCCGCCGCCGCCGCCGCCGCGAGGUUCCGAUUCCGAUUCCGCCCCAGCUUCCGCGGCAUGGCCUCCGCGUCCGCCGCGGCGGGCGCGCCGGCGAGGGUGGGCGUGGUGCAGAUGACCUCCGUGGGGGACGUCGACGCCAACUACGCCACCUGCUCCCGCCUCACCAAGGAAGCAGCUGCAUCUGGAGUGAAAUUUCUUUGUUUUCCUGAGGUCUUCUCAUUCAUUGGAUCCAAGGAUGGCAAGUCUGUUAAGAUAGCUGAACCAUUAGAUGGGCCAAUAAUGCAGAGAUAUUGCUCACUUGCAAAAGAAUCAGGCAUGUGGUUAUCUCUUGGGGGGUUCCAGGAAAAGGGACCUGAUGAUUCUCAUCAGUACAAUACUCAUGUAUUAAUUGAUGAUUCUGGAAAAGUUAGGAGCUCAUAUCGAAAAAUACAUUUGUUUGAUGUUGAUGUACCUGGCAAUAUGGUGUACAAAGAAAGUCGUUUCACAAUUGCAGGCAAUACAAUUGUUGCUGUGGAUAGUCCUUUUGGACGGCUGGGUCUUACUGUUUGCUAUGAUUUGAGAUUCCCAGAGCUUUAUCAAAUUUUGCGCUUUAAGCACGAAGCACAGGUGUUACUAGUACCCUCCGCGUUCACAAAGGUAACGGGGGAGGCCCACUGGGAAAUUCUCCUCCGUGCUCGUGCAAUUGAGACACAAUGUUAUGUUAUUGCUGCGGCUCAAGCUGGAAAGCAUAAUGAGAAAAGAGAGAGCUAUGGCGAUUCUAUAAUUAUUGAUCCAUGGGGAACAGUGAUUGCUCGACUUCCAGAUCGGCUCUCCACUGGAUUUGCGGUUGCAGAUCUUGAUUUGUCAAAAGUUGAGGCUGUGAGAACUCGAAUGCCAAUCUCAGAGCACCGGAAGUUCGACAGCGAUUGGAAAUCCUCAAAUGAACAAUAGCUCGGAACUGGUCCUGUGUUUCCUCUGCUUGUACAUCUACAUUUGGCAUAUUCGUUUAUAUGCACAACUGCCACAGUUUGAAUAGUUUGUUUGGGGACCCUCCAGUAGGACAAAGAUGUAGCACAGAAUAAGCUGCGGUGACGACGGCGGCACUGGGUAGAAAUUGAUGUCUGACAGUAUAAAACACUUGCUACUAGUACCUGGAAAUUUGUAAGUUUUCAGUGGCUACAGUAUUGGAAUGUGCAUUCAGACGCCACAAUGAGUAUGUGAAUGAUCUGGCGUUGUACCAUGAGCUAAAAAUGAGAUGCUUGAAUCAUUAUAUGCAAAGCACCAAAGGAAAAA